AAGAAAACAGUACCAAACAACCCUGGCUCUCUCUGAAGUCAUAUACGAGAUUCAACCAAGCUAACGCAUAAUUACCAACCAUCGUUUCUAAAAUACAAACAGCGAUAAUUGCCGUGCCCCAGUCUCCGUUCUUCGUCAUAGACCCCCAAGGACAGUUUCUGGCGUUCGUCUUUUACUUCGUCUCUGGGCUCAUUCCCGAGAAACCCUCCAGAGAGAUGGGCCAAUCCGCCGCCCUCCUAUCUCUCCUAUUCUUCUUCCUAUCUGGUCCUGCGCUGGCGGUCGGCGAGCGGCUCAGUGCGAAGGAGUGCGAGAACCUAGGGUUCACCGGUCUCGCCCUGUGCUCCGAUUGCGGUACCUUCGCCGAGUACGUCAAGGACGAAGAAUUGGUAUCGGAUUGUCUCAAGUGUUGCUCAGAGGAUUCUGAUGAUUCCAUCAGUAAGGUAACGUUUUCUGGUGCAAUUCUGGAGGUAUGCAUGAGAAAGCUGGUGUUCUAUCCUGAAGUUGUAUCAUUCAUUGAUGAAGAGAAAGAUGAAUUCCCCUAUGUCAAAGUUCAAUAUGCCUAUGGUUCUCCACCAAAACUUAUCAUGCUUGACAAUGAGGGUCAGCAGAAGGAAACAAUAAGAAUUGACAAUUGGAAGCGUGAGCACAUUCGGCAAUUCUUGAGAGAGAAGGUGAAGCCUGGUGCCGUGGAAAAGUGAAACGCAUGCUUCAAGCUCCUUCUCUAUGAUAUCUCAAAGAUUUUGUACCUUUCUGAUUUAUGUACGACUGACUUAUUUGAUUUGAUCUUUUUGCAAAAUUCACAUGAUAUUUUUCACUUGUUUGAUUCUAGUACAAAGUUUUAAGUUUUAAUUUAGCAGGUUAAAGUGCAACAAACAUGGAUGAUCGGUGGUUCUUGUUAUGUGGACUAAUCUGACAAUAUUUUACUCA